AUGCCAGAUCUCAGAACGCUAAAUAAACGGGAGCAUCAGCUCAGAAAAUCGCUUGAAGGAAUUCAGCAAUUCGUUGCUGGAUAUCAAGCAAGCAGAGAUGCGCGACAGGUCUGCGUACGUCUGGAGGCAUUGGAGACAGUAUAUGGCCAGUUCAUCGAUAUUCGUAUGCAGAUUAAGCUGCUUUUAGAAGACGCAGUCAAAAAAGGCGAUAAACAAGAAGAAGAGGCGUUGACGGAGGCGAAUGACAAGGUGAGGCAGGACUUCGAGGACAAUUUCUACGCAUUGAAGGCAGACAUACUGGCCUUCAAAGUGGUUGGCCCCAAUACACCGCCGACUUCUACGGGCCAGCAGUUCGAUUUGCAAGCGGUAUCCCAGUUUGCAAAAGUGAAGCUUCCUGAGAUCAAGCUGCCAUCGUUCAGUGGAAAGCUUCAUGACUGGGUGCCAUACCGGGACAGCUUUCGAAGUCUCAUCCACGGCAAUUCCCUACUAUCAGAUGUCGACAGGUUCACUUACCUCCGGUCCUCCUUGUCUGGUGAUGCACUACAGGAAGUUAGUUCAAUCGACUUGUCAGCGGCCAAUUACACUGUAGCAUGGAAGGCACUGGAGAGUCGUUACGAAAAUAAAAAACUUAUCGUCAAAGCGCAUCUUGACGCUCUUUUCGCGGUGGAUAGCCUCAAGAAGGAGACAUAUGAAGGACUUAAUCAACUGAUAGGCGAGUUCGAGAAAAACCUGCAGAUGCUGGAGGAAAUCGGUGAGAAGCCGUCAGACUGGAGCACUAUUCUAGCCUACAUGGUGUGUACAAGAUUGGACUUGGCGACUUUACGGCAGUGGGAAACCCACCACAACAGCAAAGAAGUGGCGAGGUACAGAGACUUGAUGGACUUCCUCAAGAGCCACUGUUCUGUGCUGCAGUCUGUGGCACCACUUAAACCCUCCACUUCCAACCAACAACGAUCGUCCCAUGCAGCGGUGUGCCAUACGACAUUCAAAUCGACAGCAACAUGCUGGUUUUGCAGUGAACCUCGCCAUUCCGUGUUCCAGUGCGUCAGGUUCCAACGGAUGACCGUGUCGGAGAGGAUUGAAGCUGCCAACAAGAACAAGCUUUGUCGGAACUGUUUGUAUCCAGGGCAUUUCGCCAGAACUUGCGAGAAGGGAACGUGUCGUCAGUGUCGCCAGAAGCAUCACACACUGCUGCACAUUGAACAGUCUGCAUCCUCCGAUCCACCCACGCAGUCAAGACCUCCGACAGUCAAUCAACAACACAGACAGCCACAACAGCGAUCUACACCACCGAACCAACAGACUCGGACUGCUAACACUGCCAACACACAUGACUCACACACACAGCCAGCCACAGAACACGCCACCACAAGCCAGACACAUGUAGCCCUCCCCAUAACACCGACACAAAACAUAGUUUUAUCCACCGCCUUGGUCAGCAUUAGAGACCGCAACGGCAGAUCCGUGCUAGCACGAGCACUGCUGGAUUCGUGCUCGCAGCACUGUCUAAUAAUGACAUCAAAUUUCGCUAGCAAACUCAAGCUAGACGAAAUGCCAGUCUAUUUGGCGAUUCAAGGCAUUGGAUCGUCUCAAAUUGCUUCCACCAGGCUGGUUACCGCCGUAGUGAGUCCGUGA